AUGAUUACAUUAACGAUAGAAGAGUAGGUUUUUUAAGGGAAUUUGAAAGAAAAUUUAAGAAAUGAGAGUUAAAAAACACUUCAAUAAAAAUACAAAGUAAAGUUUUAAAUCCAAAAAGUCAAAAAAUAAGAAAAAAGAAGUUAAAAAUCAUACUCCUAUGAAAUAUAAAAUGAAAUUUAAAAGGGAAAAACUGAAAAAAUAAGAAAAAGGGAGUUAAAAAAACACUGAGAUAAAAAUACAAAAUGAAAUUUAAAAAAGAUGUUUCUUCAUAAUAUUGAAUGAAAAAAUUAUCUCGGUUUUAUAUCAUAUAUAUAAUAUUUAAUAAUAGAUGUAUUAAUAAUGGAAAGUUAGCAAGAUAAUGAUUAAUUUAUAAGCGAAGUUAAUGAAUUGA